AUGGGAGGUUGCUGUUGUUCUGCCAGGAAACCUCACCUGCAUGGGACACCUGUGUAUUACUAUUGCCCACCAACUUCAGAAGAACGUGAGUCUGUAACAUCAAAUGAUGGUACGACUACUUCACUCACUACUGGAUUGCUGGUAGGCUUGAACCUGGAAGCUUCCUCACCUGAGACAUACCAGCCUCCUCCUGCACCUCCUCCUUAUGAUAUGGUCCUGGGAGGUCCAGCAACAACAGAAUCUGAAUCAGGCAGAGAAACAGUUAGUGCUAGUAGCUUUGAAACAUUAAUUACAUGUGAAGAUCUUGAAGAAUCUGACUGUAAAGUUAAAGCUAAUUCAACACCUAUAUCUCCAAGCAAGGCAGAGCUGUCAAAAUCAAAAGAAUUUCAUGCAUUAGUGACAGAAGAAGAGGACGACUGCCCAAUUUGUCUUGAUGAAUAUAAUGUUGAGAAUCCAAAAACUCUGACAAAAUGUGAACACCACUUUCACUUGUCUUGCAUUCUUGAGUGGAUGGAAAGAAGUGACUUCUGUCCUAUAUGUGAUCAGGAGAUGAUAUUUGACCAGACACUGAACUAG